GUUUGAGACAAGGUCUCAUGUAGCUGGGACUGACCUUGAACUUGAACUUCUGAUCCUCUGGUUUCUAUCUCCCAAGUAUGACACCAAGUCAGGCCCCCUUUCCUUUCCCUUUCCCUUGCCUUAGUCUCCUGUAGGAGCCCCUGACUUCAGAGUCCCCUUCCCGCCCAAAGGCCACCCUCCUCCGUGCUGGAGAAUGGCAAACUGCCCCCACUCUCUGUGAGUCGUUGUCCCUUCGGGAAACUUUUUUUUUUUUAACCCCUUAAAAAGUGCCAGACUCAGUUCUCUCUGGGGCUCAUAAGGGAAAAGUUUAUUGCUCUCAAUUAGCAGUCCCAUAAAGGAAGAAAAUUGGAGUCUUAAUGAGCUUCCUCUGAUUUACAAAAUAACACGUUUCCAGGCCUCUGGGCAUCAGAUGUGUGGGUGAAAGCCUGCCUCCCUUCUGAAUGUUGGAGCGCUCCAGCCUUCAGUGAGGUACAAAGGGUUAGGACUGAUGGGUUUUUAAUUGACUACAUUCACUGGGUUGCUUCAUUGCAAUCUGGAAGAUUUGCAGUAUUUGGAACCAGGCCUUUGGGACUAAAGGGCUCAGUGAGAAAUGGUGUCAGCGAAGUGAGUGGGAAGUCUCUGAGAGUCACACAAGUGGGAGCACAAAGAAAAGCAUUAAACCAGGUCCCAUUGUGUGCCCAUCUCUCCUCACCAGAGACCCUGGAACCGUCACAGUCUGCAGCUUGGGGAUGGAGCCUGAGACGGUGCUGUGGGGCCCAGAUCUGCAGGGUCCUGAAGAGAGCCAGAAUGAGGCACAUAGAGGUGCUGAAAGUGGGAACGAAGAGGAGAGCCCUCAGCAGGAAAGUUCUGGGGAGGAGAUCAUCUUGGGAGAUCCAGCUCAGAGUCCAGAAUCCAAGGACCCAUCAGAGAUGCCCCUGGAGAGCCCCUCCCAGGAUGCCUCAGCCCCUCAGGAUUCCCCAACCCCACUGGAUUCUUCCAGCCCCUUAGAUCACCAGACCCCUAUGGACCCAUCAGCCCCCGAGGUAGUCCCUUCCCCAUCUGAGUGGACCAAGGCCUGUGAGACCAAUUGGCAGUGGGGAACCCUCACCCCCUGGAACAGCACACCUGUAGUCACUGCCAGUGAACCCAGCCUGCGGGAGCUGGUGCAGGGACGCCCAUCUGGGGCCGAGAAGCCGUACAUCUGCAACGAGUGUGGCAAGAGCUUCAGCCAGUGGUCCAAACUGCUGCGGCACCAGCGAAUCCACACGGGGGAGCGGCCCAACACGUGCUCAGAGUGCGGCAAGAGCUUCACGCAGAGCUCACACCUGGUGCAGCACCAGCGCACGCACACGGGCGAGAAGCCUUACAAGUGCCCCGACUGUGGCAAGUGCUUCAGUUGGAGCUCCAAUCUAGUGCAGCACCAGCGCACGCACACGGGCGAGAAGCCUUACAAGUGCCCCGACUGUGGCAAGUGCUUCAGUUGGAGCUCCAAUCUAGUGCAGCACCAGCGCACGCACACGGGCGAGAAGCCUUACAAGUGCCCCGACUGUGGCAAGUGCUUCAGUUGGAGCUCCAAUCUAGUGCAGCACCAGCGCACGCACACGGGCGAGAAGCCCUACAAGUGCACGGAGUGCGAGAAAGCUUUCACACAAAGCACCAACCUCAUCAAGCACCAGCGGUCCCACACUGGUGAGAAGCCCUACAAGUGUGGCGAGUGCCGACGGGCUUUCUACCGCAGCUCAGACCUCAUCCAGCACCAGGCCACGCACACGGGUGAGAAGCCCUACAAGUGCCCCGAGUGCGGCAAGCGCUUUGGCCAGAACCACAACCUGCUCAAGCACCAGAAGAUCCAUGCAGGAGAGAAGCCCUAUCGCUGCACCGAGUGCGGAAAGAGCUUCAUCCAGAGCUCAGAGCUGACGCAGCACCAGCGUACACACACCGGGGAGAAGCCCUACGAGUGCCUGGAGUGUGGCAAGAGUUUUGGCCACAGCUCCACGCUCAUCAAGCACCAGAGGACACAUUUGCGCGAGGAUCCCUUCAAGUGCCCCGUCUGUGGCAAGACCUUCACACUGAGUGCCACCCUGCUGCGCCAUCAGCGCACACACACGGGCGAGAGGCCCUACAAGUGCCCCGAGUGCGGCAAGAGCUUCAGUGUCAGCUCUAACCUCAUCAACCACCAGCGCAUCCACCGUGGGGAGAGGCCGUACAUCUGCGCCGACUGCGGCAAGAGCUUUAUCAUGAGCUCCACUCUCAUCCGCCACCAGCGCAUCCACACUGGCGAGAAGCCCUAUAAGUGCUCUGACUGUGGCAAGAGUUUCAUUCGCAGCUCGCACCUCAUCCAGCAUCGCCGCACACACACGGGCGAGAAGCCCUACAAGUGCCCGGAGUGCGGCAAGAGCUUCAGCCAGAGCUCCAACCUCAUCACGCACGUCCGCACACACAUGGACGAGAACCUCUUCGUGUGCUCUGACUGCGGCAAGGCCUUCCUGGAGGCGCAAGAGCUGGAGCAGCACCGUGUGAUCCACGAGAGAGGCAAGACCCCUGCCCGGAGAGCUCAGGGUGACAGCUUGCUAGGGUUUGGGGAUCCUGCCCUGCUGACUCCGCCACCAGGAGCCAAACCUCACAAGUGUCUGGUCUGUGGAAAGGGCUUCAAUGACGAAGGCAUCUUCAUGCAGCACCAGAGGGUUCAUAUCGGAGAAAACCCCUACAAAAACGCAGAUGGCCUCAUAACACACCCAGCCCCCAAGCCUCAACAGCUCCGCCCCUCCAGGCUCCCCUUUGGAGGCAACUCACACCCAGGUGCUUCAGAGAGCAGAGGUGACCCCCCAGGACAGCCCUCGAAAGUACCCGAGAGUCAGGAGGGCUUGGGCCAAAGGCCAGGCCGACCCUCUUCUAAGUGCUAUGUUUGUUCCCACUGUGGAGAAAGCUUCCUUGAUAGGGCUGUGCUCCUGCAGCAUCAGCUCACUCAUGGGAAUGAAAAGCCCUUUCUCUUUCCUGAGUGUAGGAUUGGCCGUGGGGAGGGGGCAGGACCCAGCCCCUUCCUAAGUGCAAAGCCCUUUAAAUGCCCAGAAUGCAAAAAAAGCUUUGGCCUCAGCUCUGAGCUGCUGCAGCACCAGAAAGUCCAUGCGGGUGGGAAAUCCCAGAAGAGCUCUGAGCUGGGGAAGAGCUCUUCGGUCCUGCUGGAACAUCUCAGGAGCCCUUUGGGCGCCAGGCCCUACAGCUGCUCUGAAUGCGGGGCCUCUUUCCUCGAUCGACUAGCUCUUACACGACACCAGGAAACCCAUACUCACGAAAGGGCCUCCACUCCUGAGGACACCCCUUCAGAGUCAGCCACAUUGUCCACAAACCAGGAAGAUGAGGGAGAAGCCUCUACCCCGCCAAAAAGCAGUAGCCACGAGGAAGAGGAAAGCCCCAAAACUGUUUCUGAGAAAAAGCCCUUUCUGUGCCCUGAGUGUGGAGAUGGCUUCACAGAGGUUGCCACCCUCCUCCUCCAUAGGAGCUGUCACCCAGGUGUCUCCCUGUGAAGGAGGUCUGGUGACCAGGGACCACUCUCUCCUGGUAAAUUUUGGGGAAAGGAGGCCAGCCCUGUCAGAUCAUAGAGAAGUAGAGGGUCAGGAACCCUGGGAAGAAAUAGUGAGUUUGCAUCAGUGAUGAGAAGCCUAAGAGAUCGUGGGUGAGAACCACUUUUAAACCGUAGAGAAAAACUCCUGGGUUAUAAGCCCUAUAAAUAUGUAGGAAAAAAGCCCCUUAAGUCUGUAGCAGAGAAAUCUUAUAAGAACCAUAGUGGGUAAAAGCCCUAUUAAAUGUAGAAAGAGGUUCUAACAUGUCUGUAGACAACCCCAUGAAACUGUAUCAAACUCUUAUCAGAAUCCUCGGGUGGGGGAGGUAUAGGGAACACAGCUCUGCAGCUGGGCACUGACUUGUGAGGUGACCCUCAGAUGACAGAGGAAACAGUCUUCCCAGUCAGUAUUCCCUCCUGGCGCCAUGGCAGGAAAGUGCUCAGAGGGAAGCCGUACAGUACAGGAAUGCCGUACAGUACAGGAAUGCCGUAGAAUUAGAAAGAGAAGUAAAAUGGGGAGGGAAUGACCCGGUGCUUCCAAACCCACAGGUGAAAUGUGGAAAAGUGUCUCGUUGCACUGGGGGUUCUUGGGGGAUACGAGGUCAAUCUUAGGUGAAUUGUAUGUACUAAGGGAAGGAAGACUGGGGGUCCCUUAUCAGUAAGACCCCCAAGUAGGAAAGAAACAAACAUGGCAAGCCAUUUUAAAGGCUGGAGUUUGGGGUGUAUCAAAACCCGCAAGUGAAAGGAUGCCGAGAAAACGUUGAGAGACCGUCUCAGAUCCUGGGGGGGGGGGUUCCAUUUAUUUGAAGGGAAGCAACCCAGGGUGGAGAGACUGCAGAUGGAAGACAGUCAGUUUCUCCUCCUUCCCGGGAGCUUGUUAAACUCCAAGUACAAGCACAUCCCAGUUCGUGCUGUUUGGAUUCUCCUCAGACAGGCAGGGCCAGCCUUUCUCCAGCCCAGCUAGAAAUGUCUACUCUGAGAGGCCUCUGGGGUUGCAAGGGGCCUCUGCCACAUUCUCAGGUCUCACAGGUUUUACCUGGAAGCUAACUGCCACAAGUCUUACUGCAGUGGCAACCCAUUCCCUCGGAUUCUGUCCUCAGUGGAGAGAGCCACUCGCUGCUAGUCAACUUCCAAAGAAUAAAUUCCUUCAGAGAUUCAAGGCUUGUGUGUGCGUGUCCUCCCUAGCUGCCUACAAGUCCACACGAGCCACUUGUGGGCGAGGAGGGACGGCAAGACGACAGUACAGACAGCUUUAUUUACCAGCACAUGAUCUAACCCUCAGCCUUUUGUGUGAGUUUGGUGUAAGAAUGCCGGCAGGACAAGCCAGGCUGCCCAUGGUGGAUGUCCUGACACAGCACAGACUGGACCAGCGUCCCUGAAGAGGCAAAUGGAUACUUGACCACCUUUCCUCAUCCCCAGUACUUGGAUGCCCCUGAGAGGGGGUGGCCAAAUGUGAUUUUGGCUCCGGAAAGGGACCUGUUCCAUCCUUUGGCCUCUUUCUUAGCCAGAAACUUGUGAAGGGACAUGAAAGCAAAAGAAAUGCUCCCCUACCAGGCCCAUCUCCUCCUCAGACACAGCAGGCUGGACAGGUCAUUAAUCUAGCCAAACCUGCUCAUGGGACUGGAGCCCUGUGAUGGAGCAGAGGGUCUUGCCAUAUAAAGUGUUGAAGAAAAACUUUGGUGAGAAACGUAUGUAACAAAGACCCUUAAAGAUGAGGAGGACUUUCCCUGGUGCUUGGGUUGCCAAGGGGAGGUCCUCAGCCUGGUGCUGGCAUAGUGACUCACUGUCCAAAGAAGCAAGACGAAGACUCCAAAUGAUAUAUAUGGCUCUUUAGGAAUCCUGUGCCCAGAAGGGCGACCUGGAUUCCUACAAAGCUGGGGAAGAGACCUCUAAUUCCAUUACCUAAAAGUUCAAAAGGUAGAGACCCAUCAUCCUUCAUCUAUUCUGUCCCCAAAGGGAUGACCCUCAAAAUUUAAAGGACCAAAAUCUAGAAAACUGGGAGAAAAAAAAAAUCCCAGGCCUCCUGGGGAGAGAGAAAAGGCAGGUCUUAGACAAGUACAGAGUCAGCCUUGCUGAAGUCCUAAGUGCCAGGCCGGGGAGCACUAAGGCAACUCGGAGGAGCCUGUCUGUAUAUUGACAGAAAUGUUGAUAAAGGGGGUAUCCCUGUAAAAUGUAGGUACUCUCCUAAGUAUAAGCUGAUUUGUCCCCUUCUAAGAUGGUAGCAGAAACUAGAGAGAAAUCCUUUGUAAAACUAGGAACAGAUUCCCUCAGUCACAGGUCUGUCAUCAGAGAGUGCUGGAGGGGAGGUGGUCAGUGACGUCACGGGCUGGCUACAAACUACGGAGGACUAAGAUGGAUGCAGCAUGUGGAGUAGGAUGCUCUCCUGGUCUGCAAACAGUGGGGGCCAUGCUCCCGACUCCAGUACUGAAUGGACCAUGUAGAUAGGUUCCUGAACUUCCGAGUAGGAAAGAGGGCAGAGCAGAGACCUUGUAGUGAGACCUGUUCUUUUAGCUAACCCCCUCUCAGUUCCAGCUACACCACAGGACGACCUAACUGCCUCAGGAAAGGCCCACCAGAAUUAAGUCUGGAAGGCACAAUGGAGUCGACUCUAUUGGACUUAGAGCCCUCAGAAGUGCCCUUGAGUAAGAGCCCAGCAACCAUAGACAGAGGAGUGCAAACACAGGAGAGGGAUGGAGCUGACCUGCACUUAAGGAGAGACUUAGAACUGAUGUUGAAUAUAGAUUGGGUAGGAGUCAUGAAUCGGGGUGAGGAUUUGAAACUGUCAUGAUUUCCCUACCCCAGUCUGAAGUGAAUGACUCUCAGAAGCCUUUGCCCCCACAAAGGAAGCCCCGCUCAUGCCACUUGUCCCCAUGGAGUGAAGGGAAGUCCUAUUUUUGAGUGUUGUGUGUCAGUAACAGUGUUGUGUCACCCGUGGUCAUGUUGAAUAGUUGAAGAGAAUAAAGGGAAUAAGAUUUCCU